CCCAAUUCUGAGUCAGUCUUUUUCUCAUCACCUUUCUUCUUAGUUUUCUGUUACACUAUCCUUACUAUCAUUAGCAUUUUCAUUGUAAUUCCAAUUAAUGCUGGGUUAAUACAAUCAGUUGGUUUUGGUGAAAUAUUUGGUUUGUUACAUUGGUGCUUUCAUCCAUCGAACUCCAACGACGAUAAUGUUUUUACCUAAUUUAGUGGCGGCGGCAACUCGGAGAACUGGAGUUUUCGGGCCGAGUUGUACAUCACAUACCUUGGCUUCUCCAAGAAGGAUUGGUUGCCUCUUCCUCCUUCUACAGGUGAUGCCCUGGCAUGGUUCAAUUGGUUGUUUUACAAUAAUCAAUCUUAUGAUUGGAACCAUUUCAAGGAGAAAUUUCUUCUGCAUUUUCCAAAAUGAACCUUUGCUGAUUUACAACGCAGUUCAACUUUCUAUGAGCUUGAAUCUGCUUCCAGACCAGACAACAAGACGAAACAAGCAUCUCUUGCAAUGUCUAGUGGAGUUUUACCUAAUGCAAUGGUUGAUAGGCCUUCGGUUAUAGCAGCAAACUCCAAAAUGGGUCCUUCUUUUUCCUUCGGUUCAUUCACAAACCUUCAAAUACCUGAUAUACGUACUCCCAUCUUUAGUUUAACUUAUGGGGAGAAAUGCGCACCCGACGAAGACAAGGUGUUCGACGGAAUUUCCCAGCGUGACGAACCUGAUUUGCCCUGCUAUUUUACAUAUGAUGAAUCACUCUUCGUUCCUCUUGUUGGAUAGAUCAGCUUGUGCCCUGUGAGAGUGCUCAAUUUCCUUUUACUGAAAAUUUAUGUGUUAAAUCUAACAAACUUUUGGCUGCACCAGCCCUUCCAUCUGAGAUACAACAUGAGUUAGAGGAUAGAAAAUCUGAGGAGGUGAUCGAUCAAAUGUUAUAUAGUUGUUGCGCACCAGCAUUUGUGAAGGCGCAAUCAGAUGCCCCAAUUAAAAUGAUCGAUGAAGAUGCUACAUGUACUGAAAGCAGCAAAGUCCAACUAUUUGCUGAAAGUCCCAAAGAGAUAUGCUAGUGAGGUACGUUACUGCACCUUCUUUUGAUCACGGCCCUAGUACACGGCGAAUUGAAGUUGAGGCUUUUGAAUACAUUUAUAUUGCUGAAUUUCUCUUGGAUCCUGAGACUAUUGAGGAUCUCUAUCUUGAUAAUUCUUUUAAGGAGAAUGAGGAUGACAUUCCAGCAAGUUACAUGCCUUCGGAUGAAAUGCUAUGUGAUGAUAGGCAUGGGAAAUCUACCGGGGGAUUCAAUGAUCACCAUAUUUUGAAUCAAUUCCAUUUGAUCCUGGUGCUAAUUUUUUAUGUGUCACCAUAACGUUAACUGCAGCGAAUCUUUGUGUAUGGGAUCCAGAACUUAGUUCCGAGUUCAUAGCUCUAACAGGUUGUACAGAGAAUGAGGAGGCACAUACAUUGUUUGAAGAAAUUAGAACAGAAUGAGCUGCUUAUUUGCAAAGUUGUAUGAUUGGGUGCCUGUGGGUGGAGUCGAAAUGGGUGUUGAAUGCAGUUGUAAUUUUCAAAAUUUUUGUAAAUCAUACAAGCUACUGGAUGAGUCUAUAGCACAUUCCUUCCUCUAUUCCUUUGAUGGUGCUCCAACUCACCUUGAGGAGCGUUGUAAACCAACUUUUUUUAUAAAUCAACAAUUUCAACACCGCGCCCUUUCUCCAGGGUGGCAGCAGUCCAUAAUUACUCAGUUGAGGUAUUUUAGGAGUGGAAUAAUAUGGUGUCACUAUGAGAUUGCUUAUCUAAUUGUUGUGAUGUAUUGGCUACUAAUGGAGCUCAUUAAUUAUGAAGAAGACAUCACUCGCUACAGCCCCGUAUACAAAAUUUUAAUGAUGCUUUUCUGUUGGGUUAUAGUUCCUAAUUCUAAAGUUUUAAAGUUGCAUCUGCCUAGUAAGGUCGUGGCUCUGUUUGCUGAUAAAGAAGGAUGGAAGAGCAAAGUGCCAACACAUUUAUUAAAACUUGACAAAGGACUAUAUUGUCUCAGCUUAAUGGAUGAGGUUAAGCUUGAACAUGAAAAUGCACGAUAUGUCCUCAUUGUGUAUAUGCUCGGUCGAUCAAGUCAAUUAGUUCAUGCUGGAAACAAUAUAUAUGAAGUUGUAGAAUUCAUGGAUAUGAACUUACUGGUUGUUGGGGUUAACAUGAAGCCAUUUAGAGGGCUUGCCAAGGUGGGGUUCCAAACCGUCAUAUAUUCUUUGCAACAUUAUUCAUCUUCCACAACAAAUUUGGUUGUUUAUCUCAAGUUUUCUAGUCUUCUCUUUGAUCCCGCUAUACUAUAGGAUGAUUGGAUUUAUAGUGAGGGGAAGCCAGCAUCAUGUGUUGUUUUUACUAUUGCAAUAUGUAAGGACGCAGGACUAGUUGAGCAGGUUGUUGCGAGCCAACGCUUUGACCUUUACCCCUAUGAUCCAGGAAUCCAGAUUCUACUACCUAACACCUACGGUCCUGUAUGUAGGAAAGAGGUUGUUGCCAAUGUUCUGCUUGAUGGUGUUUGUACAUAUUAUUCUGCUAAGUUGCUACCUCGACCCAAAGAACUAAGUGCAGCUGCUGCAAAUUUUGUUGAGGCCCCUGAAGAUGCUGGUUGGAUGACAUUAGAUCAUCGUUACAUAAAUGAAAGUGUGCAACAUUCCUUCAAUCAUUUUAUCCCUAGUGUCAGAUGACGAGAUCUAUUUUCCAUGGCUAUAAUUUCAGUGAGGAAGCUAAAAUUUCGUGAAAUGCCUUACCCAAUGUUAACACUAGGGAUGGGAAAGGAGUUGUUCACGUUGAGAUUAGACUGAUUUGUGUUGCCAAUUUCUGUGCCUUUCUUUGCACUGAUGCAAGAGUAAUGAGCCACUACGUUAAGCUUAUUUCUGAUGCUUUUUUGGGUACCUUAAGGUGUGACAUAAGAUUGCUUUCAUUGAUGGCAGAUAUUGAUUUUCGUUACUAUAUUAUUACGCCUCGUACCAGAUGCGAAGGUGUUGCUGUGAAUUGCUUGUUUGCUAUUGACAAUGUUGAGCGGAUAUUGCUGCAAUUUCUGUUUUACUCGAACCUUGAGGACAAGGUUCUUUUUUAGGCUGGAGGUAUUGUUUUGAACUCAAUAAGUGACUCGGUGAAGGACAUAUUUGGAGAUUUGAAAAAUUAUGUGUGGGACACAUUUUGAGCGUAGGCAGGUGCUCACUGCGAGAAGUUCAAUGUGAGAGAAUUAGUUAUAAAUACAGCAGAAAGCGUAGUACAUUUUAUGCUAAAGUUGUCAAGUGCUAGCUCUAUUUUCUCAUCUCUGUUCUUCUAUACUUCUCAUUCCCAAUUCUGAGUCAGUCUAUUUCUCAUCAUCUUUCUUCUUAGUUUUCUGUUGCACUAUCCUUACUAUCAUUAGCAUUUGCAUUGUAAUUCUAAUUAAUGUUGAGUUAAUACAAUCAGUUGG